UGGGUUACGUGGGGCGACUAGUCAAACUUGUGCGGGAGCAAACUCGGUCCGCUGGAUUGUGCGCUAUCGCACGGUAAGCGAGCGACCGGCGCAGUUUUCGGCCGGCUCGCCGUUGUUUAACGUUUCCCUUUCUAUUUUAUAAGCACAACUUACAAGAGACACACAAUUAUGAGGUCUUUUUUCAUCUUGUCCUCAUGUAUAGAAAAAUUACAAACAACUGUAAAAAACAAAAAGCAAACAAACUCCCUGCGAAGAUUCAUGUGACGGAAAACGAUAGGCGGCGAGAUGGCCACAUGGCCCAUACACUCCACCCCACCACGAUUCGCGCUGUUCACAUCGCCUUGCCCUUUUGACAAGUGUCGUGCUGCUCGUGGCCCUCUGCUCAGCUCAACCCCGUUCGUCCCUGCAACUGCAAGAGCAUAAAGUGUGCAGACGCGCGCCUCAACCUCCAACCCCUCGAGAGCCAUCGCUCACACCCUCCAUUCCCUCUUGCUUCUUGUAGCUUGCCGAUCCGUGUCUGCUGCACUCUCUGGCCAUGGCAGCUGCGAGGCUGGGUCUGCCGCGGUUGAUGCUGGCGAUGCUUGUACUGGUGGCAUUGCUCGGUGUCGGCGUCGACGGGAGGAACCACGUACACAAGAAGCCUCCUCGUGCGGGCGCUAGCUCUCGGCACAGCAGGGUCGGCGCGAAGGUGGGCACGGUGGCGUCGUCGCCGGCCGUUCCACCGGACGACGACGCGACGGCUCCCGCGCCGCCGCCGGGCGGCAUUGUCCCGUCUGACCCCGCCACGCCGUUCCGGCCGGAGCCGUGCGUGUUCGACGUCCGGGCGUACGGCGCGACGGGGGAGAGCACGGCGGACGACACGGAGGCCUUCCGGGCGGCGUGGAAGGCGGCCUGCGCCGUCGAGUCGGCCGUGCUGCUGGUGCCGUCCGACGGCACCUUCACCAUCUCCACCACCACCUUCUCCGGGCCGUGCAAGCCCGGCCUCGUGUUCCAAGUGGACGGGGUGCUGAUGCCGCCGGACGGGCCGGACUGCUGGCCUCCGUCGGACAACCGGCGGCAGUGGCUGAUCUUCUCCAACCUGGACGGCCUGACGCUGCGCGGCGCCGGCACCAUCGAAGGGAACGGCGAGGAGUGGUGGAACCUCCCCUGCAAGCCCCACAGGGGUCCCAACGGGUCCACGCUGCACGGGCCGUGCGACAGCCCCACGCUGAUCAGGUUCUUCGAGAGCAGCAACCUGGUGGUGCGGGGCCUGAGGGUGGAGAACAGCCCCGAGUUCCACUUCCGGUUCGACGGCUGCAGCGACGUGCUCGUCGACGGCCUCUUCAUCAGGUCCCCGGCCAACAGCCCCAACACCGACGGCAUCCACGUCGAGAACACGGAGCGUGUCGGCAUCUACAACUCCAAGAUCAGCAACGGCGAUGAUUGCAUCUCCAUCGGGACCGGGAGCUACGACGUGGACAUACAGAACGUAACGUGCGGCCCUGGGCACGGCAUAAGCAUCGGCAGCCUGGGCGUGCACAACUCGCAGGCGUGCGUGGCGAACGUGACGGUGCGGAACGCGGUGAUCCGGAACUCGGACAACGGGCUGCGGAUCAAGACGUGGCAGGGCGGCAUGGGGUCGGUCUCCGGCAUCGCCUUCGACGGGGUGACCAUGGAGAACGUGCGCAACUGCAUCAUCAUCGACCAGUACUACUGCCAGGACAAGCGGUGCAUGAACCAGUCCACGGCCGUGCACGUCACCGACGUCUCCUACGCCAACGUCCGGGGCUCCUACGACGUGCGCAGCGCGCCCAUCCACUUCGCCUGCAGCGACACCGUGCCCUGCACCAACGUCACCAUGGCCGAGGUCGAGCUGCUGCCCUUCAGCGGCGAGCUCGUCGACGACCCCUACUGCUGGAGCGCCUACGGGGCGCAGCAGACGCCCACCAUCCCGCCCGUCUCCUGCCUGCAGGACGGCGUCCCGGAGUCCCUCCUCGACAACCCAGACCUCAAGUGCCGAUGACAACAGUUUUGCAGAGUUCAGAGUUCAGAGUUGAGACAACAGUCGAGUCAUGUGGAGUUGUACAUGUGUGCUUCUGCUCCCUCUCGGUGAAGGUCCUACGUAGCUAUCCGUUUGCCUCCCGGCCGGUGGAAUUUGUUCUCCGAAUUGGGUUCCACUUAUUGUUAUGGCCGAAUUUGCAUUUGGUGUUUUUUUGACAA